UGCAGAACUAAAAUUUUAUCUCAAAAUAUUUACCUCCGAUGGACGUCAGAACACAAAAAAAACAACACGACAAAAAAAGCAAAGAAAAAUCCAUACUUUUCUGCGUGGUCCGUGCUGUUUUCCACAUUUUCCUGUGAAUAGCUUUUGCAAAACAUUGAAGUAACAGCUGAAGAAAGCUUUCGUAGUUUCGGGAACUUUCCAGAACGUGCAAGCAAGUUCAACAGGUAGACAGGGCACCGAAGCAUCCAGCAGCGCUGGGCAACGCAGCGAGAUGGCAUCCCAUUCUAGUUUCUACCAGGGAACCAAGCGGAUCUCGCCUUUGAAGAUCAGAAAUCCAAGCAUACUGCCGUCACAAAUCAUGCCGUCACCUACGGGUGCCCCGUUCAACUUUGCCGAAAUGCCCUGGUCGUAUGGGGUAAAGCCGGGACAGGUGAUGGAGUUUAAUGCAGUUAUCAGACCCAGUCCCAUCACCGGACCUCCAUCGCCGGUACCGUCCGCGAUGCCAUCCGGUAGCAGCCCACCAUCGUUUGGCCUUUCCACCGUCACAUCACAGUCCUUUCUGCCGGAAUUUCGAAAACGAAAGCCCGAACCCGACGUUAUACCGGUACCAUCCAAACAGUUUCUUACGGAGGAAGUCAUGUCAUCGCAUUUGAACAAUUUGCACCUUUCCACGGAAUACACCGCGCACGACAUCCGAACGCACACGUCCGCACCCGAAUCACCCGCCCCAAAUUCUACGCUCGAGGAGGACAUGCUGCUGGGUGAUGCCGCCAACGUUUCUGGCAAUGCCGACUCGUACCACGUGUGCAUGUCGCCGCAAGAGCUGGAGGAAAGGCUCAAGAAAGCACAACGUAUCGCCAUCUGCGAAGAGGUGCGUCGACUGGAUGGUCGGGGCGAAAUACUACCCCAGACGCUACUGGACCGUAUUGAAAAACCGUGCACCGCAUUAAUGAUCUGGCAGCCGCCCCAGGAACGCAUACAAUCCUUGUUCACGAAAGUAACCGAACAGCUAGAAGAACGUGAACGCAAGGAUCGGCUUGCAUCGAAGAAUAACAAUAACAACAGCAACAACAACAACAACAAUGAAGUGAUGAUCGAUUCAAUGGCGAUCAGCGAUGAACCACUGCCCGAUCUGCCGGAUUACGAUGAGGAUCUGGACUUUGAGCAGGAUGCUGCUAGUGUACCGGAUUGGCAGCGACGUUCCCUGCCGGAUGCUCCCGAUCCAGCCACGAUGGAUAUUGAGAUGUAGCUGCUAUAAGAUUGCUUGAGCUUGUGUGACGACAAAGGUUCUCUGUACAGGAUUUGCGUGAUCACUGAUCGGUGAUCGCAUUUUUUGCGAAAAAUAGUAAAUUAAGGCUAAGUAAGCGGUUUCGUACUCUUUGUAAUGUCCCCUGUCGUUAGUUAAGUGUCGGAAAUACAUUUUGCAAACAAA